AUGGGAUUUACAAUCAAAUCAGAGGGCUCGAAGCGUGCUGCGCGGUUUCAAUCCGACGAGCUAACACUCGGCGGCGUAUUCCAGUGCCCUGAAGGUCAAGGUUCAUUUCCCAUAGUCGUUCUUGGACAUGGGCUGAACGGCUUGAAAGAAUGGACCUUGCCAGAUGUUGCUGCGGCACUGGUAGAGAAGGGCAUCGCAGCAUUCCGGUUCGAUUAUCGAAACUACGGCGACAGUGAAGGUACCCCUCGCGACGAGGUCUCACAUCACGGACGUAUACAAGACUGGCAGAACGCCAUUACCUACGUGACGACACUGCCCAAUGUCGAUGAGGAGCGUAUCGGCGUCUGGGGUACCAGCCUUGGCGGCAGAGACGUCUUGGCGUUCUCAUGGCUCGACCGUCGCGUUAAGGCAGUAGUUGCACAAGCGCCACUGAUAAAGUGGACGUUGCAGUCUGCUGCCGCGAUGGCAGGCUACAAAGACGACAUAGCUGGGUUCCAGGCUGAUCUGGCAGCGGAUCGCAAGAACCGAGCACUCGGCAAAGAACCAAAGUACCUAGACUUCGUCAGGCCGUCCGGUGACGACGUCAAAGCAGCCUUCAUCGCACAACUCAGCGAAGCCGAACGAAGGCACUAUUCCGGCCGUAUCACACUGCAGAGCUACCAGCCAACAACCCUGAUCGACGUCACACCCUUCGUCGAGCUUCUAGCUCCGACUCCAGUGCUGUUCGUUCUUGCCGAGCAAGAUUUCCUGCCGGGUCAGAGGGAGGCUCAUGAGGCGGCGAAAGGCCCGAAGUGGCUGGCUCGGGUGCCUGGAAAUCACUUCUCGCCGUAUGUUGAGUCGAAGGAGCAGUCGAUUGCGGUGGCGAGGGAUUUCUUUGUUAGGGUUCUGUUGGAGGGGAGGACGGAGUUUGAGUUGGGCCAGCCUUGA